GCGUUCCGAGUAGAAAAAUGAUAAUCCGAAAGCAGAAUUUGUCAGAUUUGAGAAGACCUUGGUUCUGACUGGAGAGUGCUGUUAACCUCCAAGAUGAGCCUCAGUCGACAGACGUCAUCCUCUGGGAAACAGAGGUCACACAUCCCAGUAGCAGCCAAUGGCGGACCAGCAAAUGCUGCAGCUGCCCUGGCUGCAGCCGGGAACCCUAACAAUUCUGACCUGGCCAGCCUAUUUGAGUGUCCAGUGUGUUUUGACUAUGCGCUUCCUCCCAUCAUGCAGUGUCAGAGCGGCCACAUAGUGUGUCAGGCCUGUCGACAGAAGCUGACUAUGUGUCCAACAUGUCGUGGCCCAUUAGGAAAUAUACGUAAUUUAGCGAUGGAGAAAGUGGCAAGCACCGUCAUGUUCCCUUGUAAAUACUCGUCCAGUGGCUGUCCUGCCACACUGCUACACACUGACAAAACAGAUCAUGAGGAGACAUGCGAAUACAGACCUUACUGCUGUCCAUGUCCAGGAGCCUCAUGUAAAUGGCAGGGAUCACUGGAGCAAGUGAUGUCACAUCUAAUGCAGCAACACAAAAGUAUCACAACACUUCAAGGUGAAGACAUUGUUUUCCUGGCAACAGACAUAAAUCUCCCAGGCGCAGUUGACUGGGUUAUGAUGCAGUCUUGCUUUGGCCAUAACUUCAUGUUGGUGCUAGAAAAACAGGAGAAGACGGAGGGACAGCAAAUGUUCUAUGCAAUUGUCCAGCUAAUAGGCACACGCAAACAGGCAGAAAACUUUGCAUACAGACUUGAGUUGAACGGCCAUCGACGACGCCUGUCCUGGGAGGCUACCCCCCGCAGCAUUCACGAUGGUGUACAGUCUGCCAUCGUAGCUAGUGACUGUCUUGUAUUCGAUACAAACAUUGCUCAGCUGUUUGCAGACCAUGGAAAUCUUGGCAUCAAUGUGACAAUCUCCAUGUGCUGAGGAGGCUGACUGUGAGAAUAAUGAGUGUGAGGAAGGCGAGUAAGCGCUGUCACUGGAGGAAUGGAUGCUAUCUACCUAUAUUUGUGUUAACAAAAUGAAAGAAGAAUGAAAAUGGUGAUAUCAUGUAUGAUUUCAAUAUUUGAGAUCAAAAUGGAAGAGUACAUCAGAACAAAAACUGAUAUAUGCUGUUGUUUACAUAUAACUGUAGACUGUAGUGACUCUUAAAUUCCUGGCUUAACUUUUUGACUUUGUACCACAAAAGUAUAAUGAAUGGAACAUUCAUGAAAUUGUUAUUGAAAGGUAGUUUUUUAGUGUUAACCUACUAAACAUCAACAAGUGUUUGCGGUAAUAUAUGGACAAGUUUGUGGAGGUAAAAGCGAAAAAUGAGAUUCGGGCAAAAAAAGGAACCUUAUACAGUAUAUGUGCUUUUAUUACAGGAGUAGAAAAUGAAAAUAUGGACAUUUGUGUGUGGAGUAGAGGGUCUAAGACAAUUUACUUGUGAGUGGAGAGUAACUGUUAUAGACUAUUACCUGUGUAUAGAGGAGGAGAGAGGUAUAGACUGUUUACCUGUGUAUGGAGGAGUGGAGAGUAACUGUUAUAGACUAUUACCUGUGUAUAGAGGAGGAAAGAGGUAUAGACUGUUUACCUGUGUAUGGAGGAGUAGAGAGUAACUGUUAUAGACUAUUACCUGUGUAUAGAGGAGGAGAGAGGUAUAGACUGUUUACCUAUAUAUGGAGGAGUGCAGAGUAGCCGUUAUAGACUAUUACCUGUGUAUAGAGUGUGUGUAGAGGGGUAGAGAUUUAUUGAUUGGUUACCUGUGUGUAGAGGAGUCGAGAUUUUUUGAUUGGUUACCUGUUUGUAGAGGAGAAGAGAUGUAUUGACUGGUUACCUGUGUGUAGAGGAGGAGAGAUGUAUUGACUGGUUACCUGUGUGUAGAGGGGUAGAGAUUUAUUGAUUGGUUACCUGUGUGUAGAGGAGUAGAGAUUUUUUGAUUGGUUACCUGUUUGUAGAGGAGUAGACAUUUUUUGAUUGGUUACCUGUGUGUAGAGGAGUAGAGAUUUAUUGAUUGGUUACCUGUGUUUGGAGGAGGAGAGAGUUAAACACUGUUUACCUGUGUGCGGAAGAAUUGAGGAUAACUGUAUACCAGUGUGUGAAGAAGUUGAGGAUUAUAGACUAUUUACCUGUGUGCGGAGGAAUGAAAGAUAAUAGACAACUGUUUAUAUAUAAUUUUGUGUGGAAAUGUGAGAAUUUUGUACACAGAUUAGUGCUGGAUAACAUAGUCUACAUAAUAUGUACCUUAUAUUUAUGUGUCAUUUGUCAUACGCAUUGUCAUCAUAUAGAUCAUUUAAAAUUUAUAUACCCUUUAGUUCGUUUCUAUGAAACACUAUUACCUGAAUCUCUAGAAACUUUUAAAGGCGCAAAAUGAUAAGUUGUGUUCAGUUGGCUCUUCUGUGUUAUAUUUGGAGACGACGAGCUGUAUGUAUGCUUCAGGCUUUAUACCACUAUACACCUUUAACCUGGGACAUGUUUUGGAAUUUCUCCCAGAAGUAUAUAUGCUUCCUUACAGGGUUACAUAUUUUGUGAUCUGCAGUUUAUUAUACAUGUACUUGUAGAAGUCCCAUUACAUUACCUUGGGUUGGUGUGUCGGUGAUCUAAGCAUGCAGAAUUAGUAGUGUCAUAUAUUCAAAACCCUCUGGUUGAUAUUCAUACUGCUAGUACAUUGAAGGGAUUUAUCAGGUUAGUUUGGGAAACAGUGAGUCUAAAUUGGGGAAGUUAACGACCGUGCUAGAAUAAGUCAUGAAAAUGUUGAUAAGUGACAAAUUGAAUGAAAUGAAUUCUUAAAUAAAUAUAUAUAAUUUAUGUCUGAACUACAUAAGAUGCUAUAUCUGAUAAAUGGUCACAAUUUAUCACUUUGAAAUUUAAAAAACUCAUGUAUAAGAUAUCUAGAGAACCCAUCAACAGAUUUUGUGUAGAUGUACUCCAUAUUAUUGUAACCUUGUUGUGGUCAUUGGUCAAGGUUAAGGUGUCUAAAAGUUGUUCUUGACCACUUUCAGGGGAGGGGGGAGUGGGUAUCUAUUUGAGCCUUAGCUCACUUUUUGUUUUAUUAUUUUGUACAUGUGUCUGUUGAUAAAAUCUUGGCCGCUUACAUAGAAUGCUGACUAAAUGUUGUUAUUGGUUCAGCUGUUUUUUAAACUUAUUUAAUUGUUAUUUCUUGUCACUUCAUGCAGUAAUAUACUGGACCUAAUUGGACAUACGAUCUAGUGGGGUUUGUUUUAUCACCAGUGAAAAAAGUGCUGUUAAUUUUAGUGAACUAACACAUCCCCACUGGUCAGGAUCAACACUACUCUUGUUAUCAAUAAUCUCGAUUAAGACUAGGCUUGUAGUCACUGAUCUUGAUCAAAAUUAUUCUUGUAGUUAUUGAUUGUGAUCAAGAAUAUUCUUGUCGCUUGUCUAGAUCAGUUUAACUCUUUUAAUAAUAAGUCUUUAUCAGGACUACUAUUGUAGUUUUUAUGAGGGUACUGAUCGAUUUAUGUUCAAGAAAUUACAGCACUGACCUUUUCAAGUUAUAGCAAGAAAACAUUACUGAAAAUAUAUCAUUAUCAUUCAUUUGCAAUAUUCUCAUCAGUAUGUACUUGUAAUAAAACUAAAAACAUA